AUGACGAUGAAUGAUUUUUGCAAACGACUCAUUGACGUGUUUGAUGGAAAAGAAAAACAGAAAAAAGAACGAGGACAGAAAGCAGGGAAGCUGAAUGUCAUAAGAGAUCCAAAGAAUAAGGAACAGAACUCAAAAUAUCGACCAAAACAGAUAGUACCGAGUCCAAAACAUGUUUGGGUUGAACUAGAACGUAUCGUAAGUCCAGAAAAAGAAUUGACAAAACUAGAAACCACAAAAAUAAGUCUAAAAAAUGUUCCAGUGGAACUAGAACAUGAAAAAAGUCCAAAACAAGAACUGGGAAAGAGAGAACAUGAAAAAAUAAGUCCUAAAUAUGUUCCAGUAGAACUAGAACAUAAAAAAAGUCCAAAACAAGAACUAGGAAAGAGAGAACAUGAAAAAAUAAGUCCUAAAUAUGUUCCAGUAGAACUAGAACAUAAAAAAAGUCCAAAACAAGAACUAGGAAAGAGAGAAUAUAAAAAAAUAAGUCCCAAAUAUUUCUAG